CUGGCAGAAAAUCUGAAAAAGCAACCUAUAAUCCGUUAUCUUUCCGGGAGUUGUUGUGUGAAGGUGGUUUUACUCAGUGCAUCAAAGAAGUGAGACUUGGGGAACUCACCUGUUUUCGUUGUGAGGUCACAUGACCAGACCAGCGGGAGUAUCUCCCCUGUCUUCUGCCUGCCUUGCGGGAUCGCUACAAUGCUGUGUAUCAAUGACCUGCCUCAUUCCUACAGCACGUCUCAGUACAGCCUACUGAGCAGCAGUAUGGAACAGGGUUUGGGGAAUCGAGCGGCUUCGACCAGUCCUUACAGCUCCGAGACCACCUCCAACGUGCCAACGCCGUCACCCUACUCCCAGCCAAACUCGACCUUCGAGGCCAUGUCUCCAGCCCCGGCCAUCCCCUCUAACACAGACUACCCUGGGCCGCACAACUUUGAGGUGACCUUUCAACAGUCUAGCACCGCCAAGUCAGCCACCUGGACGUACUCUCCGUUGCUCAAGAAGCUGUACUGUCAGAUUGCCAAGACAUGUCCGAUUCAGAUCAAACUGGCUUCCUCGCCUCCAAACGGCAGUGUCAUACGAGCCAUGCCCAUCUAUAAGAAGGCGGAACACAUUACAGAAGUGGUCAAGCGGUGUCCUAACCAUGAACUUGGACGGGACUUUAAUGAAAGUCAGGCAGCUCCUGCCAGUCACUUGAUACGAGUGGAGGGCAAUAAUUUGAGUCAGUAUGUCGAUGACCCUGUGACAGGCCGACAGAGUGUUCUAGUUCCAUAUGAGUCUCCACAGGUGGGGACUGAGUUUACAACCAUUCUCUAUAAUUUCAUGUGCAACAGCAGUUGUGUUGGUGGAAUGAACCGCAGACCUAUCCUCAUCAUAAUCACACUGGAAACACGAGACGGACAGGUCCUGGGUAGGCGUUCGUUUGAGGGACGGAUUUGUGCGUGUCCGGGCCGGGACCGCAAAGCAGACGAGGAUCAUUUCAGAGAGCAACAGGCUCUAAAUGACAGUGUGGCCAAAAAUGGAAAUGCCAUUAAACGAACCUUAACUGGAACCUCUGUCUCUGAAUGUAUAGAUUUCAAACACACUCCAGCCAAUAUUACAGGCCCUUCCAUCAACAUCAAGAAGAGGCGCCAUGGAGAAGAGGAGAUGUAUUACCUACCAGUGCGGGGUCGGGAAAACUUUGACAUUCUGAUGAAGAUAAAGGACAGUUUGGAACUUGUAGAGUUUGUACCACAACAGUUAGUGGACUCAUACAGACAACAGCAACAGCAGCUCUUACAGAGACAGAGUCACGUUUCCUCUCCAUCACACUACGGCUCACUCAAUAACAUGAAUAAGAUUCAUGGACCCAUGAGCAAACUUCCAUCAGUGAACCAGCUGGUAACACAGCAGACUCAGCAGAGUGCAGGGCCCUCUGCCGCCAUGACGCAUAUGGGGACAAACAUGCUGGGCGGGCACCACAUGCAAUCUAACGGUGAUAUGAAUGGAGCUCACCCAUCACAGUCUAUAGUGUCCACCUCUCACUGUACCCCUCCCCCACCUUACAACCCUGACCCCAGCCUCGUCAGUUUCUUAACCAGCCUGGGCUGCCAAAACUGUAUCGACUACUUCACGUCCCAGGGACUCCAGAGUGUCUAUCACCUUCAGACCCUCUCUAUGGAGGAUCUUGGGGCCCUGAAGAUCCCUGAGCAGUUCCGGUUGGCGAUCUGGAGGGGCCUGCAGGACAUGAAGCAGGGCCACGAUUACGGCCAGCAGCUCAUUCGCUCCAGCAGUAACAUGGCUAGUAUGGCCAUCGGCCCCGGAGGAGAGCUGCAGCGUCAGCGUGUCAUGGAGGCUGUGCACUUCCGUGUGCGUCACACCAUCACCAUCCCAAACCGUGGAGGGUCUACUGGAGGGGAGGAGUGGGCUGACUUUGGUUUUGACAUGCCAGACUGCAGGAUACACAAACACUCCAUUAAGGAAGAGUUUGCAGAAAGCGACCUUCGCUAAAAAAGGAAAGCUCAUUUCUAGUGAUGUCCUCAGUUUUCCAUGCAUUUUUAUAUCAUCCGUAUGGAUUUUUAUUGCUUUCUCAAAACACUUUGAGUGUGUGUUUGUAUUUUACCCUCAUAGUAGCACUUCCAUAUUUGAGGACAAACUUAUUUGAACAAUAAAAAUAGGCUAAAUUAAUCUUAAAAAUAAAUGUUCUUUAUCAGCAUGUAUAUGGUUCCAUGAAGAACCUUUAACAUCUAUGGAACCUUCCCAUUGCUCAAAAAGUUUUUAGUAAUGGGAAGAGGUUCUUUAGACUUGAAAAUGGUUCUUUAAAAUGGUUCUUUUAAGAACCUUUCACUGAAAGGUUCUUUGAGGAACCAAAAAAUGGUUCUUCUAUGGCAUCGCUAUGAAACACACUUUUUGGAACCUUUAUUUUUAAGAGUGAACUCCCACAUGAUUCUGUUGGAAUUAGUAGCGCUUCAUUGUGCUGCUAAUCACAUAGGGUUCGAAAUAUAUCAUUUUGAUUAUCGUUUGUGGCCUUAUGCAAAUAUUGUAUAAAAUCCGUGAUUAAUCAACUAAAAUUCAUUCGAUUAUUAGGACUGUGGGACAUAUUGUAGUUAUAAAUGGUUUGGACCUGUGUUUUAUUAAAGAAAAUGUCCUUAUUUAUUUUUGGCUUGGUGUAAAUAAUAGUUCUGCAGUAACGUAUGAUAUUGAAUUAUAUACGUUCAAAACAGCGUGAAGUAAUUCCCAGUGGAAAAAUCAUACUUGAUAUUUACUAGUUUGAUAAAGGAAUGUUUAUCAAAACCAUUUGCUGGGAUUUUUUUUUUGUUGUAUGACUAAAUCAAAAGGCAUUCUUUCUUAGAAUUGUGUAAUAAUAGUUUGGAUUAUUCGCUCAUUGCAAUUUGUCAUCAGUGUCAUUCAAUACAGAUCAUUUGUGAGUGUUUCAUCAAGGAUGUGAUUUACAUUGACAAUGAUGAAGACACAGUACCAGAAAAGAACAAUAUUAAUAAUAAUUGAAAGAAAAAUGUCUAUCCUUUUUUUAACAUCUUGUUUUCUUUUCUUCUUUUUUUAAAUGUGGCUGAAUAAUUGUAAUUAUUUACUUUUUUUGUUUGUUUGUUUUUUUUAUUGGUGUUUACAUUGGAUUUUUUUUUUUAAUCUUUUCUAAAUUCUUUUAUUAAGCAUUAUGUUAUUGAGACACUAGGAAACAUCAAAGUUUUUUUUUUUGUUUUUUUAAACCUUGCAGGACGAGGUUUUAUUCAUCAUGCUAGACUGUAAUGAAGUCUUUAUUUUGCCUUUUUCUUCUUUAGCACGUGGUCAUUUCUGUCUUGGUUUGUUUUAAUAGAUUUAUAUGAUAGCAAAAUGAUGACUCAUUUGACAAAAGCAAAGGUAUUAUAUGUUUUUACAAAGACACAAGAAGCUAAUUUUACUUGUGUUCUUUCAGGGCCCAUGCUUCACUAUACUAUCACUUACUUACCAUUACUGGAGCUCAGAACAAAGGUUGCAACAAAGGUUGCAUUAAAUUUAAGAGAACAGCUGACCCACACAAUUUUUAUGAGAUGAAUCCAUAAAGGCUUAUUUUCCUGGGUGUUUGUUUAGGUGAGAAAUAGUGAAGAAAAGAAAAAAGGUGUUUCAGGCAUAAAAAUUUGUCCAGUCUUUUACAAAUUUAGACAAAAAGAGGGGUAAAUAAUUAAUGCAAACUACCUUUUUCUUCGUUAUUUAUUAACAUUUAUUAACAUAUUACAUUCUCUGUAUAAAGCUGAACUAAAGGCUUGCUCAAAACAUGCUCAGUUUUGAACAUUAAUGGUGGGUCGUAUGUAAUCAAAAGUACAUGUACAUGUACACUUUAAUCAAAAAGCAAAUGCAUUUGUAAAUAACUAGUGUUAACAUUACUAUUCCUUGUUGUUUGAGUAAAAACAACAUUAAACAUUUCAAACUUGAUGCGAUAAAAGGGUCUUGGUUAAAGAAUUCAUGUUUUUACAAUUGGCAGUGAUGGUUAAAUAUCAGCGUAUAUAUCAAAGCACUUUAUGGCUUUAGGAUAUUGUACACAAAGUUAUAUUCACAGUAAGUCAGUAUUAUGUCAUGCAUUGUCAUUUUGACAAUUACAGAUUUGAAAAAUGUUUAAGAAUUAAUAUCUUGUGUUUUUGUUAAAUAGCUGUAAUAGUGUUUCUUUUUUUAUAUCAACAUGUUUGAAUUAUGUAAAGUGAUUUCUUUUUCAAAUAAAUACUAAAU